CCCCACCAAAAGACUUCUCUUUUCUAUCAAUUUCCCACAACAAUAAAACCAAAACCUAUAACUUUUCCUUUUCUCUGGUUUCUUCCUCAUCCUCCAUUGUUGCAACCCUCCCUUCCACCAGGGUCGUUCUUCUCCAUUGCACUGCAACCCUCCUCCAUCUCCUGCAAUAACCACCCUCCCUCAGUGAGUUCCUCCAAUCUGGCGAGUUCUAGCAGUAUUGCCUAUCUAAGACUUUUUUGGUCAAAAAGCAAUGAACAGAGCAGUCGUCGCGGCAGUGGUGGCGAGCUCCAAGUUGCCGUGAAUGGGGAUGUUCUAAUAUGACAAUCUCUUUGUGCAUACCUCUGCAAAUCCCUCUCCGAUCUUCCCUUCUAAUCUCUAAAGAUGGAGCAGGUCGGAUUUUAUCCGACCCGUGCGGGGUAGUGAAUGGAGUGAAAAUUGCCGACCCGUGGCAGAGCACGGAGCAGAGCGGGUUAGGAAUUGCUGGGCAGGGCAUGGCACGGAUUUAGCAGUAUCCGCCUCAAACAUGACCCGUUGCCAUUCCUACUUGCACAAACUCAUGUUAUUCAAUAUGGAGCAAUUACUGAUCGAGCUGCAGAUGUACUUGCAGCCGCCAACACUGCAGCUGAAGUUGCUUUAAGGCUUGUGAAGCCUUAACUCCAGAACAGAAGGUAGAACACUUUCAGGGGAUAAUGGGGAAGGGGGCGAAGCAGAGCAGCAGGGUGAAGAAGGUGUUGAAAUUCCCGGUGAGGUUGCUGGUGAAAGCAGUGACUUUUACGUCGACGGGAUGUCCCAAUUGUCUAGCCAGAUGGGGUACGAAGCCGUCGCCAUCAUGGACUGCCCAACCCACACCGCGUUCCCGAGGAGUUGCAGUGUCAACACCAAAAAAUUGGCAAAAUGAGUAUGUACCGCUUUAUACUCAUAAUAAUAAAUGCCCUCUUCUUGGAACCAAGUAUCCAUUUUUUCAUGAAGGCGGAUAGAGGUUCGAUGUGUUUUGAAAAAAAAAACAUAAAAAAAAUAUUUUCUGAUAGCAGUUCGGAUUUAGUUGCAAUCAAAAUACCAUUAUUUCCUAGAUUUUGGGUAGAGAGGGGGAUGGAUAGAGAGAUAAUCUUAGAAAGAGAGAAUAAUAGAUUUUGGUGUGAAAAAAUACAGGAGGGGGAGGAGUUUAUAUAGCAUACGGACCGCCUGGUGGGGGGCGUUUGGUCAUUUUACACUAAACAAAAAUUGCCCCCCACCAACGGUUUUAGCAAUUGAAACAGAAAACGCACUUCGGGGGAAGCAGUUCUGGCAUCCAACGAUUCCAUAGACCGCUGACCUGGCGCACGGUCCGCCUUCGGAUCACAUCUUUAUCCAACGAUUCCAUAGACCGCCACAUGGACAAGUGUUUGCUGGCCAUCCUAAUUGAAAUCGUUUUCCCCUAUGCAGUUAUCCUUAAAAUCGUGCCUUACCCAUACGAUUUCCAUGAAAUGAUAGUAUUUUUGAUUUUUUUUUUCGAAAAAGACUGAUAUUUUUAAAAUCUUAUAGUUUAAUGAUGGAAUUUCUAAAAUAAUUUCACCAAAAUGCACAGCACGUGUAAAGAAUAUUGUUUUUGGAUGUCAAUAAGCCAUUUACUUAUUUUAAUAAGAAAUCGUCAACCUACCAACUACCAAGUGGCUGGGUAGCAGAUGUUGUCCACUAAUUUGGGCCAAACCCUCAUAUAGGCUUUACUAGAUUGAAUUUAGCCCAAAGCAUCAGCCGUCGGCCCAGUGAGGCGGAAGCCGGUACCUCUGCUACUCGAUAGGGUUUUGAAAUUUGCAUUUACUAAACCUAAACCCUACCUCUGCUUCGAGUUCUCUUUCCCCCUUCCGCCCAAUUCCUCACUUCCGUCUUCUUCGCUAGGAAUCGAAGUUGAAAGGUCCCAAAUUUUCAAUGGAAGCUCCGCCGCCGGCAAACGGUGUUAGUUCCGGAACAGUGGAGAGGGCCGUGAACGCGCUCCAGGCAUGGCGAGCUACCAAGCUGAAAACCCAGAAAGCUCAACUCCUAGAACAGGACGAGUUCAUGUAUGUUGUUAUCUCUCUCAAGAAAAUCCCGGAAAAGGGCGUCGGCCGAGUCAAGCCGUACAAAGUCAGUCUCCCCCACCGCCUGGCAAACCCUGAAGAUGGAAGCUCCGAGCUCUGCUUGAUCAUCGACGACAGGCACAAAUCUGGUCUCACCAAGGAAUCCGCCAAGAAAAAGAUCGACCACGAUGGAAUACCCAUCUCCAAAAUCAUCAAGCUUUCCAAGCUCAAGACCGAUUACCGCCCCUUCGAGGCCAAGAGGAAGCUCUGCGAUUCCUAUGACAUGUUUUUUGCUGACAGAAGGGUGCUCCCUUUGUUGCCUAAGAUGCUGGGGAAGGAGUUUUUCAGGAAGAAGAAGAUUCCGGUUGCGAUUGAUUUGAAGCACAAGGGCUGGAAGGAACAGAUUGAGAACGCUUGUGGCUCUGCUCUGGUGUUUGUGAAGACUGGUACUUGUAGUGUUGUGAAGGCGGCGAAGCUGUCGAUGGAGAAAGAUGAGAUUGUGGAGAAUGUGAUGGCUACGAUUAAUGGGGUUGUUGAAAAGAUUGUGCCUAAGAAAUGGGGUGGUGUCAGGUCUAUUCACAUGAAGCUGCUUGAUAGCUUGGCUUUGCCCGUGUAUGAGGCGGUUCCUGAGUUGAAGUUGAAGAUUGAAGGGCAAAAAGAUGAGAUAGAGGAGGAGACGGAGGUGGAGACAGAGAAUGUCGAGGAGGGGAAAACUGGGAAGAAGAAGAAGGGGAGAAUUAGUGAGAUUAGGUAUAUGGAUAGCAAUGGCGAUACUGAUGGUGAAGAACUGAGUGAUGGUGACAAUGAGACAGAGGCUGGUGGAAGUGCUGAGGUUGUAGUUAAGAAGAGGAAGAAGGGAAUUAAAGCUGAAGGUGAGAGAAGAGCGAAGAAGGUAUCUAAAGUGAAGAAUGUGGAGGUAUCUAAAGUGAAGAAUGUGGAUGGUGUCAAGCGAAAGAAAGAUGUCAGUAAAGGAACAAAUGAGGCAGCCAUCAAGCUAAAGAAGAAGAAGAAAGUCUGAAGAACAAACAAUCAGCUCGUUUUAAGCAUGCUUGCUGCUGCUUGUUAGACAUGGCCGCAAGUCUAGUAUCACUGUCUCUCUGUCCCAUGUAAGCAAUUUUGGUCUUCUGUUGUUCACUUGGUGAAGGUUUAAGCUUUUAUUUACUUUGCGAAGCUAGUCUCCUUUUUAUUUUGGGAUUAUUCACUCAGACUCUGUAUCGCUUUGGUCAAUAGAGAAUGAGAAACAGAAUGGUGGACUUUCUAAUUGAUCAUUAUUGCAGAAUUGGUUACUCUUAGUUGCUAAGUUUACCUGAAAUUCACUUACUCAUUGGAUGCACUUCAGCUUUAGUUUGAUGUCUUUCUAGUGUUUGCUGAAAUUGCACCACUUUAGAUACCACGGUGGUUGUUGAGAGCCGCAGUGGGUGAUUAUGAUACAUAAUUAUACUAAUAUGAAUGUUUAAAAGUGGACUCGCCGCUGCUAUAGCAUCAAAUGUUUACAAAUGUUACCAUCAGGAUUGAUAAAUAAGUUGCUUAAGU